UGUGUGGGAGAGUCCGUGCGUGGAGAGGCGCCGACCUGCGUGCACACGUGCGCAGAUGUCAGCGCCGCUGCGCGCGGGACCGGACGCUGACCCGGCUGACCAGGGACCAGUAGGACCGGGCCGGGUCCCAGCCGGAGAGGAGCCUUCCUAAGCCCGGCCUGGCCAGGCCUACGGGGCGUUGGUGGCCAUGGCGAGCACCCUGGACCUGGACAAGGGCUGCACGGUGGAGGAGCUGCUCCGGGGUUGCAUCGAAGCCUUUGAUGAUUCCGGGAAGGUGCGGGAUCCGCAGCUGGUGCGCAUGUUCCUCAUGAUGCACCCCUGGUACAUCCCAUCAUCCCAGCUGGCGGCCAAACUGCUCCACAUCUACCAACAAUCACGGAAGGACAACUCCAAUUCCCUACAGGUGAAGACGUGCCACCUAGUCAGAUACUGGAUUUCAGCAUUCCCAGCGGAGUUUGACCUGAACCCUGAGCUGGCUGAGCAGAUCAAGGAGCUGAAGGCUCUCCUGGACCAAGAAGGGAACCGCCGGCACAGCAGCCUCAUCGACAUCGAGAGCGUCCCCACAUACAAGUGGAAGCGGCAGGUGACCCAGCGGAACCCCAUGGAACAGAAAAAGCGCAAGAUGUCCCUGUUGUUCGACCACCUGGAACCCAUGGAGCUGGCGGAGCACCUCACCUACUUGGAGUAUCGCUCCUUCUCCAAGAUCCUGUUUCAGGACUACCAUAGCUUUGUGACUCACGGCUGCACGGUGGACAACCCGGUGUUGGAGCGAUUCAUCUCCCUGUUCAACAGCGUCUCCCAGUGGGUGCAGCUCAUGAUCCUCAGCAAGCCCACCGCCCCUCAGCGGGCGCUGGUCAUCACGCACUUUGUGCACGUGGCAGAGAAGCUGCUGCAGCUUCAGAACUUCAACACGCUGAUGGCGGUGGUCGGGGGCCUGAGCCACAGCUCCAUCUCCCGUCUCAAGGAGACCCACAGCCACGUCAGCCCUGAAACCAUCAAGCUCUGGGAAAGUCUGACAGAACUGGUGACCGCCGCAGGCAACUACGGUAACUACCGACGCCGGCUGGCAGCCUGUGUGGGCUUCCGCUUUCCUAUCCUGGGUGUGCAUCUCAAGGAUCUGGUGGCCCUGCAGCUGGCAUUGCCCGACUGGCUGGACCCUGCCCGCACCCGGCUCAAUGGCACCAAGAUGAAACAGCUUUUCAGCAUCCUGGAGCAGCUGGCCAUGGUGACCAGCUUAAGGCCACCCAUGCAGGCCAACCAUGACCUGCUGAGCCUGCUCAUGGUGUCUCUGGACCAGUAUCAGACGGAGGAUGAGCUGUACCAACUAUCUCUGCAGCGAGAACCACGCUCCAAGUCUUCGCCGACCAGCCCCACAAGCUGCACCCCACCUCCGCGGCCCCCCGUGCUAGAAGAGUGGACCUCAGCUGCCAAGCCCAAGCUGGACCAGGCCCUUGUGGCAGAACACAUUGAGAAGAUGGUGGAGUCUGUAUUCCGGAAUUUUGACGUUGAUGGCGAUGGCCACAUCUCCCAGGAGGAAUUCCAGAUCAUUCGGGGCAACUUCCCUUACCUCAGCACCUUUGGGGACCUCGACCAGAACCAGGAUGGCUGCAUUAGCCGGGAGGAGAUGAUCUCCUACUUCCUGCGCUCCAGCUCCGUGCUGGGGGGGCGAAUGGGCUUCGUACACAACUUCCAGGAGAGCAACUCCUUGCGUCCGGUCGCUUGCCGCCACUGCAAAGCUUUGAUUCUGGGCAUCUACAAGCAGGGUCUUAAGUGCAGAGCCUGUGGUGUGAAUUGCCACAAACAGUGCAAGGACCGCCUGUCGGUGGAGUGCCGGCGCAGGGCCCAGAGUGUGAGCUUGGAGGGCUCUGUGCCCUCUCCGUCUCCCACGCACUCCCACCAUCGGGCCUUCAGCUUCUCCCUGCCCCGCCCUGGCAGGCGUGGGUCCCGGCCCCCUGAGAUCCGGGAGGAGGAGGUGCAGACGGUGGAGGAUGGAGUGUUUGACAUCCACUUGUAAGAGAUGAUGUGAUUGCAUCAAGGAUUCAUUCCUGCCUUGG